ACCUGAGCACAACGGCUGCGAUGGCGGCGAGCGGGCGGCCGGGAUGUGCUGCGGCGUUCGGGCUGCGGCUGCUGCUGGCGUCCGUGCUGCAAGCGAUAUGUACACUGGGAUCUGAAUUAUCAUCAGAAGCAUGCAGAGACUUGGGUUUCUCCAGCAAUUUGCUCUGUAGCUCUUGUGAUCUUCUUGGACAGUUUAGCUUAACUCAGCUGGAUCCUGAUUGCAGAGGAUGCUGCCAGGAAGAAGCACAGUUUGAAACCCGAAAGCUAUAUGCAGGAGCUAUUCUUGAAGUAUGUGGAUGAAAAUUGGGGCGGUUCCCUCAAGUCCAGGCUUUUGUCAAGAGUGACAAACCCAAACUAUUUAGGGGACUACAAAUCAAGUAUGUUCUUGGUUCAGACCCUGUGCUAAAGCUGUUGGAUGACAGUGGGAACAUUGCUGAAGAACUAAGCAUCCUCAAAUGGAACACGGAUAGUGUAGAAGAAUUCCUCAGUGAAAAAUUAGAACGUGUAUAAAAUACACUUUCAGUUUUGUCAUAUCAUUUAUUUUCUUCUUAAGUGAAUUUUACAGUACAGAUCAUUGUAAUCUUCAGUCACCUUUGAGCAAUUAAUUCCUUACUGUAUAGCAUUAAGUACUUUCUGCUUUGAAUUGAAAGUUUCUGCACUGCACGUGAUUUAAAACAAGUUGGCCAACUGUACAAAGAGUCCAUUUUAAUCUAUUCUCACUCUAGUUGUUACCACUUAAGAGAUGCUUUGUAACAAACCUGUAAUUACGUACAUGCUAGGAUUUGUUAUGAUUGGACCAGUUCAACACACCAUAGACUCGGCAGGAGAACAAGGAGAGGAUGACCACGUCUUGUCUGUGUGCUGUGCUCCUUCUUUGUAAGCACUGAUUGGAAGUUGCAAGCAGAUGUAAUGUAUUGUGCCUCAGACAUUGCCUGCCAAUGACCUCUUUGUUUCUGUGACACCCCAGCUUUCCUUUUAAUACAAAUAUGUAGUUUAUAAUGAAUGCUAGUUCAGAAAAUGUUUCAUCAUUGUUCACAGACUCAGCGUUUGUAGCAUUCUGUGAGACACUCUGAGAAGCGCACGUUAGUGACGAUCACACAGAAAACCCCGAGAGGACUUGUGUGGAUCUGAUGUUUGGUGUAGUCUUUUCAGUGUUUGACUUUGCUACGGUGAAUGAGUCAGAAAAAGAUUCAUUUAUUAAACUGAACUAGAAUUAAAAAGUUUUCCACCUCUUG